AUGGAACAGUCGACGGGGUUGAACAAAAUGGCCCUCAGCUGCUUUCGCACGAAACAGUGCGUCCACUAUUUGAGAGGCAAUUGCAACUUCACGGACUCCAAAUGCCUGUACAGCCACCAGUCGAUUUGCGUACGCCGGUGCCCCUUCUACCUUUCCGACACCUCGUAUAUCCGUUACCUUCCGCUGCUAUGCAGAAACGUAGUAUUCGGGCCGAAGUUCGAGGUCAUUGAGAUGAAUUGCCCGCACGGAAACGAGUGCGUAUUUUCGCACUGUAUCGACGAGCUGUUGUACCACCCGAACUUCUACAAAAUAAUCCCCUGUAAGGAUCACCUCCUUGGGUUUUGCGGUCAAGGCUACUGCCCAUUUGUGCAUGACAAGAGCGAGCAGCGUGCCCUGCGGCACUAUAAGUUGCCGUUCGCGAAGGGGGUCAAGAUUCCGCACAUCAAGCACAUCACGGUGGUCGACAGGAUUGUACGCAAGAAGCCGAGGACCGAUGCCAGGAAACCCAAUAAACCGUCGCGCGCACCGUUUAUAAGCAGGGCUAGCACAUGCAGCGGUCCGAAGGAGGAAUCCGACUGCUUCGAUGAACACCUUAAUAGGCUGCUGAUGAACAUGCGCCUCACACCACUGCAGGGACCCACGCGACAGGACACCGAUGUAUGGAACGGUUUGAUCGAUUUCUGA